CACUGAACGCCCGCGUUGCACGUCAGCUGGGGACACAGGCGCACGUUCGAGGGAACAACGUGGCCCACGCUGCCGCUAGCCGGUACCGCUCCGUGUUUGCCAAGUUCUGACCCCGGGAGGCUGCCCGCGGAGACCCCUGCGCCGCAGGGUCACUCCACGCGCUGCAGGCCGGGGCAGCCCAGUUACCGGACAACCUGCAAAGAGUAAGCGUCCAAAGGAACCAGGAGAAAACAAAAUUAAACCUGCCAACAAAAAAAUGAAGCCCAAACUCCCUAAAUUAAAGGAGAGAGAAUCCAGUGACUCAUCCACAAAAUCCCAAUCCAUAAUGAUCCAAGUGAUGGAUAAAAGUCGCUUCCAGAAACCUGCUGCCACUUUGAGUCUGCCUGUAGGGCAGAGCAUAGAACUACGAUGUAAAGGGAAUAAAACUGGGUGGAGUUAUCCUUCAUACUUAGACACCUUUCAAGACUCCAGGCUCAGCAUUAAGCAGCUUGACAGAUAUGGUCAGCUGAUCCUUGCAAAUUCUACUGCAGCAGACACUGGUGAAUAUAGCUGCUGGCUUCUUCUGUGUAAUGGCUCCAGCUGCAAGAAGGAUGAGUCUAAAACAGGCUCAACAUACAUCUUUUUCACAGAUAAAGGGGAGCUCUUUGUACCUACUUCCAGUUAUUUCGAGAUUGUCUACCUGAACCCAGAUAAACCAGCAGUAAUCCCUUGCAGAGUGACCAUCCCAUCAGCAAAAGUAACUCUGCAUAGGGAGUUUCCAGCAGAAGAAAUCAAAACAGAUGGAACUAAUCUUAUCUAUGAUGUGAAGAAGGGUUUUAUUUAUCAACACCCCACCUCUGACCACAAAGGAGUGGUCUAUUGUAGAGCAGAAUCACGGGGAGCACCUCAGAUUUCUAUCAAGUAUCAAUUACUGUAUGUGGAAGUUCCUAGUGGUCCACCAUCGACAACAAUUGUGGCAUCAUCCAACAAAGCAGAAGGUGGUGACAACGUUAAUGUUCUCUGUAUAGUUCUUGGGGAACCAGACAUAGAAGUAGAAUUCAGUUGGAAGUACCCAGGGGAAGAGCAUGAAAGGCCUGUGAUUAUCCAAGAUUCUUGGAGGCUGAUCAACAGAGGAAUUGGGCAUACCACAAGAAUCUCCAAGAGUGUUAUUGCCAUUGAAGAUUUCGAAACCAUUGAUGCUGGCAACUAUAUUUGUACAGCUCAGAACCUACGAGGACAAACCACAGUAGCCACCCGUGUUGACCUGACCUGAUAUGUGGAGUCUGUGGACACAGAAUGAACAAACAGUAUGUUAUUGGACACAUUAACCCUUUAGUUUCAUUUUAUUCAAUCUGAGGUGGAGGUUUCUGUUAAUAUCUCUCUCCUCAUGUCCUUACGUUCCACUUCCAUUACAGAGCAGUAGUCCAGGGCUGAGAUCCUAAUGCUUACCAAUACGCAAGAGAAUUGGAUUGAAACCAUAUAUUAAACCUCUGUAGCCUGAUUAUGCAUGUGGCUACCAAGUGCUCCUAAUACAGUGAUAAAUUUUUGUCAGGGAGAGUCUAUAUACAAAUAACUUUUAUGUUAGGUAAAUAUAACUACUUGUAAAAAUGUUGAUUUUUGCAUUAUUUUCAUGAAUGCUGAGAGGAGGAUAUAAAAUAACUUUUUAAGUAGACCCACCAGCGUAGAUAUAUUUUCUUCUUUGUCUUGGUGGUGAUUUUAACACAUUGUACAUGUAAAAAAUAUUAAAACUUAGUCAUGAUUCACUUCUUAUAGAAAACUAGUCACCAGUGAUUACUCUUCUCUGGUUUGGUAGACCUCUAUUAAAUUUCUUUACUGAAUAGUGACAAAGUUGUAUAAGUGUGUGGUUUUACUGUUUACUCUCAUACCUGAGAGAUGGUUAGGAUUGAGUACCUGCAAACUUUAAAUUGUGGUAGCACUAAACAUUUUGUAAAGGGAGGUACUUCAAAAAAAAUAAUUAAAAGGUAAAAUAUCUUGCUCUUGCCCCAAUGUAGUUAGUUUUAAAAUGCUCACUCUCUUUAGCAUGGGAGUUUAAUUAUUGCUACAUAGUUGAGAGAUGACUUAGCAUUUAUAAGCACUCUUUCACAGGAGAAUAUAAGCAGAACACAUUGAUUUACAGUACUGAUUGAGAAAAGAUCCUGUAUCGGCCAGGUUAGUAACUACCUUGACUGUAUUAAGUGAAUUUACUCCAAUCUUAAUAUAAAUGAAACACCUGAAUCAAAAAUGUACUAAAUUACCCAGGUAUACAGAUUGUUUAGAGAGAGA